AUGUUUGUCGGUGUGGGUUGCAACCUAUGCCUGCGCAAGGCUGACCAGAAGCUGGUGAUCAUCAAGCAGAUCCCAGUGGAGCAGAUGACCAAGGAAGAACGGCAAGCAGCCCAAAAUGAGUGCCAGGUCCUCAAGCUGCUCAACCACCCCAAUGUCAUUGAGUAUUAUGAGAACUUCCUGGAGGAUAAGGCCCUCAUGAUUGCUAUGGAAUAUGCUCCAGGUGGCACCCUGGCUGAGUUCAUCCAGAAACGCUGCAAUUCCCUGCUGGAGGAGGAGACCAUCCUGCAUUUCUUUGUGCAGAUCCUGCUCGCCCUGCAUCAUGUACACACCCACUUCAUCCUUCACCGGGACCUCAAGACCCAGAACAUCCUUCUUGACAAACACCGUAUGGUUGUCAAGAUUGGUGACUUUGGCAUCUCAAAGAUCCUUAGCAGCAAGAGCAAGGCCUACACGGUGGUGGGUACUCCAUGCUACAUCUCCCCUGAGCUGUGUGAGGGUAAGCCCUACAACCAGAAGAGUGACAUCUGGGCCCUGGGCUGUGUUCUCUAUGAGCUGGCCAGUCUCAAGAGAGCCUUUGAGGCUGCAAACCUGCCAGCGCUGGUGCUGAAGAUCAUGAGUGGCACCUUUGCACCCAUCUCUGACCGGUACAGCCCUGAGCUGCGCCAGCUUGUCCUGAGUCUGCUCAGCCUGGAGCCCGCCCAGCGUCCACCACUCAGCCACAUCAUGGCACAGCCCCUCUGCAUCCGGGCUCUCCUCAACCUCCAUACCGACGUGGGCAGCAUCCGCAUGCGGAGGGCAGAAAAGUCUGUGUUCUCAGGACCACCCAUGCCCCCCGGCAGCACAGGGAGCAGGACUGCCAGUGUCCGAUGCAGGGGCGUACCCCGGGGAACAAUGAGGCCGGCCAUACCCCCUCCACUGUCAUCUGUGUAUGCAUGGGGCAGUGGGCUGAACACUCCCCUGCGGCUGCCCAUGCUCAACACAGAGGUGGUCCAGGUGGCUGCUGGGCGCACACAGAAGGCGGGCGUUACCUCUGGACGCCUCAUCCUGUGGGAGGCCCCACCCCUAGGCGCAGGUGGGGGCAUCCUCCUCCCUGGGGCAGUGGAGCAGCUGCAGCCCCAGUUCAUCUCUCGUUUCCUGGAGGGUCAGUCAGGUGUGACCAUCAAGCACGUGGCCUGCGGGGACCUCUUCACUGCUUGCCUGACUGACCGAGGCAUCAUCAUGACCUUUGGCAGUGGCAGCAAUGGGUGUCUAGGCCAUGGCAGCCUCACGGACAUCAGCCAGCCCACCAUUGUGGAAGCACUGCUGGGAUAUGAGAUGGUGCAGGUGGCUUGUGGGGCCUCUCAUGUACUGGCCCUGUCCACUGAGCGGGAACUAUUUGCCUGGGGCCGAGGAGAUGGAGGUAGACUUGGAUUAGGCACCAGGGAGUCCCAUAGCUGCCCCCAACAGGUGCCUGUGCCCCCAGGACAGGAAGCCCAGAGAGUUGUAUGUGGCAUUGAUUCUUCCAUGAUCCUCACCGUGCCUGGCCGAGCCCUGGCCUGUGGGAGCAACAGGUUCAACAAGCUGGGCCUGGACCACCUCUCCCUGGGGGAGGAGCCUGUCCUCCACCAGCAAGUGGAGGAGGCCUUGACCUUUACACCACUGGGUUCUGCACCCCUGGACCAGCAGCCACUGCUGAGUGUGGACCUGGGAACUGCUCAUUCAGCUGCUCUAACUGUCUCAGGCAACUGCUACACUUUUGGCAGCAAUCAGCAUGGGCAGCUGGGCACCAGUGUCCGCCGGGGCAGCCGGGUACCCUGUCAGGUUCAAGGCCUUGAGGGCAUCAAGAUGGUGAUGGUGGCCUGUGGGGAUGCCUUCACUGUAGCUAUUGGGGCAGAGGGGGAAGUGUACUCUUGGGGUAAAGGAGCCCGAGGUCGACUUGGAAGGAGAGAUGAGGAUGCUGGUCUUCCUCGACCAGUGCAACUGGAUGAGACACACCCUUACACGGUGACUUCUGUGUCUUGCUGCCAUGGCAACACUCUCUUGGCUGUUCGCCGUGAGUUAUCUUUCCUUACUUCACCUACAUGAGGGUUAACUUGUCUGUCCUUUGCUCCCCACCCCCACUCCAUCUUCAGUGGUUACAUCUCAAGCAAACUGGGCACUAGCGGCUCACACCUGUAAUCCUAGCUACUCAGGAGGCAGAGAUCAGGAGGAUCGAAGUUCAAAGCCAGCCCAGAAAAAUAGUUUUUGAGACCUUAUCUCAA